GGGAUUUUUGGUUGAUUCCCGCAGCCAUAUGUGAGAUCCAAUUUCGGAUACUUGAUAAGGUGGGAUUUUAGACAAAAUGAUGAGCUUUCAAAUUUUCAUUCCAACCGGGACCGAGCCCCUGGAUCUGUUGCUGACGGUCCAGUGCCUUGGCUUGCGCUGACAGCGAAUUGAGUCAAUGCCUUGAAAACAAAACAUUAGCCGGUCUAGGCAGUUUGAGAAAUCAUUUAUUAAACUUUGACGUCCGCCAUAGCUUGAAUCAUAAGAAAGAAUUGUUGUUGGAGAUAGUAUCGGAUACCAAAAUAUGGCACUGCAUGAGAGAGAUACUGUUCCUAGAGAUGAUUCAAGUCAAGCUUCGUCCAAAGAUGCUGAUUCGAUAAAAUCGUACUCGGAAACAGAUUCAUUACUUUCACCAGUAACCGCUGCUUCUACUCCAAAUUACAAGUCAACCGCAACUUUUCCAGACGUAGAAUCUGCACAAAAUGAUCAAGUCCAAGACGAAACCACGGGAAAAGUAACGAGGAGCGCUGCUAUCAUAAUAAGCCUUCUGCUGAUUGGUGUUUUUAUAUCAUACGCAGAUGGCACGCUUGUUCUUGCAACAUAUGGCACCAUUGCUUCCGAAUUUCGGGCACUGGGUGAUGCCAGUUGGUUAACUACUAGUUAUUCAUUAGCGAUGUGUGCUGUCCAACCCCUUACCGGCAAGAUUAGUGAUAUAUACGGAAGAAAACCAGUUCUCUUGAUAUCAUACGGGUUCUUCGUGAUUGGAUGCGUUUUGACGGGGCUUGCACAAACAAUGUGGCAAACUGUGAUGGGGAGAGUAGUCGCUGGUAUUGGGGGUGCGGGUAUGAGUGUUAUGGUCUCCGUUCUGAUCGUUGAUCUUGUACCUCUCAUUCAUGUUGCCGCGUGGAGAAGUUAUGUUAACGUCGUUGGGACGAUUGGAAGGAGUAUCGGUGGACCCAUAGGCGGACUGCUAGCAGACACGAUAGGGUGGCGUUGGUCGUUCAUCGGGCAAGGGCCUCUGAUGCUUUUCGCCAUUGCUUUAGUAGCAUAUAAACUUCCAAGACAAUCAUCAUCUGACGAGCCCAUCCAAGCCAAAGAUGGGCCUUCGAAACUUCGACGAAUUGAUUUUGUUGGAGCAUUCUUGCUAACUGGAACCAUCGCUGCCUUUCUCGGCUCUCUCAGUCUUGGAGGACAAGCACUACCUUGGUCGCAUCCUACAGUCCUUGGGUUGUUGUUGGGAUCUGUUGUGCUUGGCGCUAUAUUUGUGACGUAUGAGGUCAAAGUCGCUGCGGAGCCCAUAUUCCCGCCCGCACUUGCGAUCCAACGUGAUGUAGCAGCAUCUUAUGCUAUCAAUGCGUUGCAGCUCGCUGCACAAGUUGGCAUGAUGUAUUCCGUUCCACUCUAUUUUCGUGUGACACAAGGUAGCUCUAAUACUACUGCUGGGCUUCAUCUCUUCCCCGCUGUCUUUGGCAAUACGAUGGGUGGUCUCCUUGCAGGCUUGCUAAUUACUCGCACUGGUCAUUACAAAUACCUUCUGAUCUUCUCUACUAUCUCAUCUAUUUUCUCCUACACUAUGCUUCUCACAACAUGGCAUAGCAAUCACCUUUCUCUCGUAGGAUCUCUCUCUAUAUUUCCAGGUGGUUUUGGUCUCGGAAUAACGGCUGCUUGCGCAUUCAUUGCCCUUACCGUUUCUGUUCAAAAGAGGGAGAUGGGUAUGGCAACCGCCGGUAUGUAUUUGAUGUCUAGUAUCGGUAUGGUUGUUGGAGUUGCCUUAUGUGCUGGAGUUCAAAACAGUGCUUUGGGAAAAGCGCUUGUAGGGUUAGAAUUAGAUGGGAAUAUAGUGAGACAAGUGAUGGAAGAUGUAGGAAGCGUGAAAGACCUACCAGGAGAUGUCAAAAUUCUGGUGAUAGAUGCCUAUGUAAAAAGUUUGGGAGCGAGUCAUGCAGUGAGCGUGGGACUAUCAGGUUUGGCAUUUUUGAUAAGUUUGGUGGUUAGAGAGAAGAGCAUCAGAUAGACAGAAAUCUCCAUGUUCACCUAGGUAUAUACCCAUUCAUGCAUUUUGGUUCGCCUUUGUACAUAUCAUGUCACCCUGACCAGCCGCAAUCACAUUUUCGGCUAUUCUGGUAAUGUGAUGAUGUCUUCAAUACAUAUGUUCUUUGGCUGCA